UCCUCCCCCGGGUCGGACGCCUUGAGGAGCCGCGAGCGGGCGGGCGGGCGGACAGACUGACGGGAGGGCCGGGCGGUGAGCAAGAUGGCGCAGACUCAGGGCACCAAGAGGAAAGUCUGUUAUUACUACGACGGUGAUGUUGGAAACUACUAUUAUGGACAAGGCCACCCAAUGAAGCCUCACCGAAUCCGCAUGACUCACAAUUUGCUGCUCAACUAUGGUCUCUACCGAAAAAUGGAAAUCUAUCGUCCUCACAAAGCCAAUGCUGAGGAGAUGACUAAGUACCACAGUGAUGACUACAUUAAGUUCUUGCGUUCCAUUCGCCCAGACAAUAUGUCUGAGUACAGCAAGCAGAUGCAGAGAUUCAACGUUGGUGAGGACUGUCCAGUAUUUGAUGGCUUGUUUGAGUUCUGUCAGCUGUCUACUGGUGGCUCUGUGGCAAGUGCUGUGAAACUUAAUAAGCAGCAGACGGACAUUGCUGUGAACUGGGCUGGGGGUCUGCAUCAUGCAAAGAAGUCUGAAGCAUCCGGUUUCUGUUACGUCAAUGAUAUCGUCUUGGCCAUCCUGGAACUGCUAAAGUAUCACCAGAGGGUGCUGUAUAUUGACAUUGAUAUUCAUCAUGGCGAUGGUGUGGAAGAGGCCUUCUAUACCACAGACCGGGUCAUGACUGUGUCCUUUCAUAAAUAUGGAGAGUACUUCCCAGGAACUGGGGACCUUCGGGAUAUUGGGGCUGGCAAAGGCAAGUACUAUGCUGUUAACUACCCUCUCCGAGAUGGGAUUGAUGAUGAGUCCUAUGAAGCCAUUUUCAAGCCAGUCAUGUCCAAAGUGAUGGAGAUGUUCCAGCCUAGUGCAGUAGUCUUACAGUGUGGCUCAGAUUCCUUAUCUGGAGACCGGUUAGGUUGCUUCAAUCUGACCAUCAAAGGGCAUGCCAAGUGUGUGGAGUUUGUCAAGAGUUUCAACUUGCCUAUGCUAAUGCUGGGAGGAGGUGGAUAUACCAUCCGUAAUGUUGCUCGGUGCUGGACUUACGAAACAGCUGUGGCCCUGGACACGGAGAUCCCUAAUGAGCUACCGUACAAUGACUACUUUGAAUACUUUGGACCAGACUUCAAGCUUCAUAUCAGCCCUUCCAAUAUGACCAACCAGAACACUAACGAAUACCUGGAGAAAAUCAAGCAGAGGCUCUUUGAGAACUUGAGAAUGCUGCCCCAUGCGCCUGGCGUCCAAAUGCAGGCAAUACCUGAGGAUGCCAUCCCAGAGGAGAGUGGUGAUGAGGAUGAAGAAGACCCUGACAAACGCAUCUCCAUCUGUUCUUCUGACAAACGAAUUGCCUGUGAGGAAGAAUUCUCUGAUUCAGAUGAGGAGGGAGAAGGUGGUCGCAAGAACUCUUCUAAUUUCAAAAAAGCCAAAAGAGUCAAAACAGAGGAUGAAAAAGAAAAAGAUCCAGAAGAGAAAAAAGAAGUCAUCGAAGAGGAGAAGACCAAGGAGGAGAAGCCAGAAGCCAAAGGGGUGAAAGAAGAGGUCAAGCUAGCCUGAGUAAGAUCUACGGCUGUGGCCUCGCCCCAAGUUCCCCACUUCUUCUCAAUCUCAGAUUUUAUAUUUUCUAUUCCUCUGUGUAUUUAUAUAAAAUAUAUUAAAUAUAAUGUCCCCAGGGACUAGAUAGGAACCAGGGACCAGAGCUCAGUGUAGUGGUGCUGGGGGAACUUUUCCCAAAGCCACCUUGUCCAUCCUGCUCAGGUCUUAGUUUUCAAACAUGUAGGGUGGAAAGAAAACAACCGGAAGACAAAAUCCUGAACUGCCAAGUGCCUGCUUUAGGAGCUCUGUUACGAUGCCCUUAUUAAGCUUUCUAGAAGGGGUAACUGGGUCUUCUUGGACCCCUUAUUUUCAGGCUUAGGUAAUAUCAACCAUUUUUAGAUUGGUUCUGUUUAUACCUUCCCACUGGACUCAGGCAAGCAGAAAAACUCCCAUUGCCCUGUCUUCCCCCAACUCUGCAGGUGGAGGUGUUAGCCUAGCUUCCUUUUUGAGAUAUUCCAUUUUGUGAAACUUUAUAAUAAAACAACACAUUUCUAUACCC